CAGAGGAAUCUGCACUUUUUUUUUUUAACAGAAACAGUAAUUUCCUUAGCUGUUACUCCAAAUGAGGGGAGAUGCUGAAGUGGGACUUUUGGCAUGCUGAAGUGGGAUUUUCUCAUGCUUUGCGGGCAUUGAAUUUGUAGAGAAGUCUUGCUUGCAGCAGUGCCUGUGUGCUGAGCUGUGCUGUACCUCUGCAGCCUCGGGGCAGGACGCAGCCAUGGCCACGGAGAUCGGCUCCCCGCCCCGCUUCUUCCACAUGCCGCGCUUCCAGCACCAGGCGCCGCGGCAGCUCUUCUACAAGCGGCCCGACUUCGCCCAGCAGCAGGCCAUGCAGCAGCUCACCUUCGACGGCAAGCGCAUGAGGAAAGCCGUCAACAGGAAGACCAUAGACUACAACCCUUCUGUCAUCAAAUAUUUGGAGAAUAGAGUGUGGCAGAGAGACCAACGAGACAUGCGAGCGAUCCAGCCCGAUGCAGGAUAUUACAAUGAUUUGGUCCCUCCUAUAGGUAUGCUGAACAAUCCUAUGAAUGCUGUGACAACAAAAUUUGUUCGGACAUCUACUAAUAAAGUAAAAUGCCCAGUGUUUGUUGUCAGGUGGACUCCUGAGGGGAGGCGCUUGGUCACUGGUGCAUCUAGUGGGGAGUUCACUUUAUGGAAUGGACUGACUUUCAAUUUUGAAACAAUAUUGCAGGCUCACGACAGCCCUGUAAGGGCUAUGACUUGGUCACACAAUGAUAUGUGGAUGCUGACAGCAGACCACGGGGGAUAUGUGAAAUACUGGCAGUCCAACAUGAACAACGUCAAGAUGUUCCAGGCACAUAAGGAGGCGAUUAGAGAGGCCAGUUUCUCACCCACGGAUAAUAAAUUUGCUACAUGCUCUGACGACGGCACUGUUAGAAUCUGGGACUUUCUACGUUGCCAUGAGGAGAGAAUUCUUCGAGGCCAUGGAGCAGAUGUGAAAUGUGUUGACUGGCAUCCAACAAAGGGAUUAGUUGUUUCAGGAAGCAAAGAUAGCCAACAGCCCAUCAAGUUCUGGGAUCCAAAGACUGGCCAGAGCCUUGCCACACUACAUGCUCACAAAAACACAGUGAUGGAGGUGAAACUGAAUCUCAAUGGCAACUGGCUGCUGACAGCUUCUCGUGACCACCUCUGCAAGCUCUUCGACAUCCGGAACCUGAAGGAAGAACUUCAGGUCUUCAGGGGGCAUAAGAAAGAGGCCACAGCUGUGGCCUGGCAUCCUGUUCAUGAAGGGCUGUUUGCCAGUGGAGGGUCUGAUGGCUCCUUGCUUUUCUGGCAUGUUGGGGUUGAGAAGGAGGUUGGUGGGAUGGAAAUGGCCCAUGAAGGAAUGAUCUGGAGUCUGGCAUGGCAUCCCCUCGGACACAUUCUGUGUUCAGGAUCAAAUGAUCACACCAGCAAGUUUUGGACUAGAAAUCGGCCUGGAGAUAAAAUGAGAGAUCGUUACAACUUGAACCUGCUGCCUGGGAUGUCAGAGGAUGGUGUGGAAUAUGCUCCAGGAGAUGAUCUGGAGCCCAACAGCCUGGCAGUUAUUCCUGGGAUGGGAAUACCUGAGCAGUUGAAAAUAGCUAUGGAGCAGGAGCAGAUGGGGAAAGAUGAGUCCAAUGACAUUGAAAUGACAAUCCCAGGACUGGACUGGGGAAUGGAGGAAGUAAUGCAAAAGGACCAAAAGAAAGUGCCACAGAAAAAAGUUCCCUAUGCAAAACCAAUACCAGCACAGUUUCAGCAGGCAUGGAUGCAAAAUAAAGUUCCUUUGCCUCCCCCACCUGAGCCAUUGAAUGAUAGAAAGGAGGAUAUUAAGCUGGAGGAGAAAAAGAAAUCACAGGCAGAGAUUGAGCAGGAAAUGGCAGCACUUCAGUACACAAACCCACAACUCCUGGAGCAACUGAAAAUUGAGAGACUUGCACAAAAGCAAGCUGAGCAAGUGCAGCCACCGCCCCCAGGAGGAUCUCUCCAUGGACCUCAGCCUUUCCCAGGGCAAGGCCCGAUGUCACAGAUGCCUCAAGGGUUUCAGCAGCCCCUUCCACCUCAGCAGAUGCCAAUGAAUAUGCCUCAGAUGGGACCCCCCGGUCCACAAGGACAGUUCAGACCUCCGGGACCCCAAGGACAAAUGGGACCUCAAGGUCCAUUACACCAAGGAGCUGGAGGUCCACAAGGGUUCAUGGGACCACAAGGACCUCCAGGCCCCCAAGGGCCUCCACAAGGAAUGCCACGGCCUCAGGAUUUACAUGGACAUCAAGGAAUGCAGAGACAUCCGGGCCCUCACGGGCCGAUGGGGCCCCCAGGUCCCCAGGGUAACGCUGGCCCUCAGGGACACUUGGGACCGCAGGGCCUGCCCGGGUCUCAGGCUCAUUUAGGACCACAGGGCCCACCUGGCCCACAAGGUCACCUGGGUCCUCAGGGUCCCCCUGGAGGUCAAGGAAUGCAGGGGCCACCCGGCCCACGAGGAAUGCAAGGACCUCUUCCCCACGGCAUGCAAGGAGCCCCGGGAUCUCAAGGCAUGCAGGGCCCUAUAUCCCAAGGGCCUUUGAUGGGACUUAAUCCGAGAGGCAUGCAGGGUCCACCAGGACCCAGAGAUAACCAGGGACCUAAUCCACAAGGGAUGAUGAUGGGUCAUCCACAAGAAAUGAGAGGUCCUCAUAUGCAAAGUGGUUUACUAGGACACGGUCCCCAGGAGAUGCGGGGCCUUCAGGGACCCCCACCUCAAGGUUCAAUGCUGGGACCGCCACAAGAAAUGCGUGGGCCACCUGGUCCCCAGGGCCAGCAGGGACCUCCACAAGGCUCUUUGGUGGGGCCUCAAGGAAACAUGCAAGGACCUCAGGGACAGCCAAACCCUUCCAGGGGGCCGCACCCUUCCCAGGGCCCUCUGCCCUUCCAGCAGCAGAAAACGCCUCUGUUGGGUGAUGGGCCUCGUCCCCCCUUCAAUCAGGACGGACAGAACCCGGGUCCUCCUCCGCUGAUACCAGGCCUGGGGCAGCAAGGAGGACAAGGUCGUCUGGGCCCUCACAACCAAGGACCUGGUCUUAAUAAAGGUGAUGCCCGUGGGCCACCCAACCAUCACCUGGGCCCGCUGUCGGACCGGCGGCACGAGCAGAACAGCGGCGGCCCCGAGCACGGGCCCGAGAGGGGCCUGUUCCGAGGGGGGCAGGACUGGAGUGACGGCAGGGACAGCAGGGGCAUGCCCGACAGACGGGGACCUCACCCCGAUUUCCACGAUGACUUCGACCGGCCCGACGACUUCCGGGAUGAUUUCCACCCAGACAAGAGAUUUGGCCAUCGACUGCGGGAGUUUGAGGGGAGAGGAGGCCCACCAUUGCAAGAUGAGAAAUGGAGACGAGGUGGACCUGGGCCUCCCUUUCCUCCUGAUCACAGGGAAUUUGAAGGAGGUGGUUCCAACCGGGGGCCUCCUGGUGCUUGGGAAGGACGGAGACCUUCAGAUGACAGAUACCCACGGGAUCCCGAGGAUGCGCGCUUCCGAGGAAGGCGAGACGAGAGCUUCCGAAGAGGAGGACCCUCAAGACACGAGGGCCGGGGACCCAGGGGCAGAGAUGGCUUUCCUGGCCCUGAAGAUUUUGGGCCAGAUGAUGCUUUUGACUCUCCAGAUGAAAACUCCAGAGGAAGGGACCAUGGUGCUCGGGGACGAGGUCGAGGUGCUCUGAGAGGAGCUCGGAAGGGUUUGCUUCCUACUCCAGAUGAAUUCCCACGCUUUGAAGGAGGGAGGAAACCAGAAUCCUGGGAUGGAAACAGAGAACCAGGUCCUCGUCCAGAUCACCCUCCUCAUGAUGGGCACUCUCCAGCCAACAGAGAACGUUCCUCUUCACUCCAGGGCAUGGAUAUGGCCUCACUGCCACCACGGAAACGCCCCUGGCACGAUGGACCGGGAACCUCUGACCACAGAGACAUGGAUGCUCCAGGUGGACCUCCAGAGGAGAGGGGCAAAGGACGAGGAAAUUCAGGACCUUCACAGAGAGCGCCGAAAUCUGGGAGGUCCAGUUCUCUAGAUGGAGACCACCACGAUGGAUUCCACAGGGAUGAAGCCUUUGGUGGAGGCCCUGGGGCAAACCCUUCUCGAGGAGGAAGGAGCAGCAGCAAUUGGGGACGAGGAAAUAACAUGAACUCUGGCCAGUCCCGGAGAGGAGGAUCUCGGGGUGGACGAGGCCGAUAGAAGAGGCUUUGACUGGGUCAUGCCCAGUCCUUGUGGGACAAUAUUUAAAUAGACUGCUACUCUGGACUCACCUGCAAUGCCACGAACCUGGACUCUUAACUGGGAUAACUGAAUGUGCAUUAGUUCCUAACAGGGGUCUUUAUUUUCCUGAAUCAGUCAUUUGCCUCUAGCUGCAAUAUUGUAGCUACCUUUGUUUUGUUCUUUCCACUCCUAUUCCCCUCACUUUCUUAUUUUGUCAAGAGCUGGAAUUUCUUUUAAGUGUUGUGGAACAUGGAGCAUCUCCACAGAUUUCAGUUCACCUCCAGACAGAAACUUGUUUCUAUAUGUACAGUUUGUCAAAGAGUUACGUUGGUUUUGUAUGAAUACAGAAUGUAAUUUGAGCAAAAAUUAACAAAAAAAAAUCAAUAGUGUGUGAUUCUUUACUCACCUAUUACUACAGAGGGUUGUAUUUAGGCAAACUUGUGUUUCAGAUGCAGCAACAGUACUACCUCCUGAAAUCUCAGCCAUUUAAAAUACUGAGAGCCGAUUCCUAGGGUUUUGGUUUAUCAUGUAUGGAGAAGUUUCAUUUUCACCUUUAGCCACAGGUGUGUACAGUGGUGCUGAGGUUAAAAUUCCAAAAUGCAGGCAAUCACCACUGCUUGCUAGUCUGCCAUCCUGAAACAGAAAAGAGUGAAAUAAUGUUUAGAACAAGUUGUCAAAGACAUAAUGUGAGUUACAUAACCUGGAUCCUAAAACAGACAUCACAGCAAAGAUUGGCAUUCUACACUUCACCUAGGCAAGCCACAGAUUUUUGUUCAAAACAGCAUCUGUUUAUAGAAACUGAGAAAGAAAGUUCAGCAGCUUGAUUGAUAUGUUUUACAGCAGCUGUGUGACACAAUGUUUAAAGCUAUGGGUGUUCAGCAGAGUCUGGUGCAGUAAUUGCUGAAGUGCAAUUAUAAGUUUUUUUAAGUGUCUUUUCUUUAGGAUAUUGUUGUCUGAUUUUACUAAAGAAGGGAAAUGAGGAGGAGGGGUUAUUCCUAUUUUCCACAUUUCAUAAUAAAGCUACUUACCAACCAUGA